CGUCGGGAGAAUAGUGCACUCAACAACUCUACUAUCGCAAACGUGUUUAGCUGUGGAAUAUGUCUACCUCACGGACAGUCAUAUGUUUGCUGAGAAAUGACUUGCGUCUUCACGACAAUGAGGUGUUUCACUGGGCCCAGAGGAAUGCUGAACACAUCGUUCCCCUGUACUGUUUCGACCCUGGUCAUUACCUUGGGACAGCCAACUACAACCUGCCCCGUACCGGCCCCUUCCGCCUGCGCUUCCUACUGGACAGCAUCCAGGACCUCAGGACCAGUUUGAUACAGAGAGGCAGGUGA